AUGGAUUUACUACCUAAUUCUGUUGAGUCUUUACAAUCUGAUAGUAAAAUUUUAAAUCUUGAAGAUUAUUAUGAGACAUCUGACAACUAUGAAACAACUGAUAAUGAGUAUUCAAGGCCAGUAGUUUCAAGCAAACAAACAUUAAAAAAAAAGCAAAUUCGUGGUAUGAAUUCAGAGACUCAAGCUGAGCUGGCUAAUCAUCCUGAUGUGCUAAAAAUAUUAAAUCUAUUAAGAUAUCCAUGCUCUGGUUUACAUGAAGAAAAACACCUCACAUAUAUUGAACGAGUUGGUGGUUUUACGAUUUUUGGAAAAGCCCCACCUAUUAAAGAAAUAGCACAAGAACUUUUUCCAAAAAAGUUUACAAAAAAGACAAAAUUUUCUUAUAAUAAGCUUACUUAG